UUUAGAGAAACAAGUUAAAUAAAACAAAAUAUUUUAUUAAAUGUACUAAUGACAUUAUAUCUUAUUGAUUGCACAAUUUGACGAAUAUUUAAUACUUUCUGAAAUAAUAUAGAUGGAACUCGGAAAUAAGAGAAUCUCCGUAAGCUGUGGGUUGUUUCCAUUUUCGUGCUUUAAAUUGUAUUUGCAUCAGAUCAUCUAAAAGGUGUUCGUUUAAAUUAAGGUCUGGAUAAAGGAGAAAUAGACAACAAAAUUGAAGUUUUAUAUGCAGUCCAUGUUCCAAUAUAAAAUGCGCAGUUCUUAGGGACUUUAUCCCGGAGUUAGUCGUUAUAAGAUACAGAGGUGGUAGAACACCUGUCGCAAGGUCAAGCGAAAAACGUCGAACAACAAGUAUUUCGUCAUCGUCUUUAUCACCUCGAAUUGUACUUUCAAGAUUGGAACCAAGAGAAUACGAACGAUUACGGUUGUCUUACAAAGUCGCAAUAGUAGAUCAAAGGAGAUCUCGGAGUUGCCGUGGUAUGAACAUGGGCCAAAAAAUAAGCGGCAGUGUGAAAUCUGUUAACAGAAAUGACACACAAACGCCUUUUAAGCCAAUUAUACCAAGAGAAUUAGCGGCUGACUUUGCGAAACCGGCUCGAAUUGAUAUAUUAUUAGAUAUGCCUCCAGCAAAUAAAGAAACUCAACUAAAACAUUCUUGGAAUUCGGAGGACAGAUCACUUAAUAUUUUUGUUAAAGAAGAUGAUAAGCUCACUUUCCAUAGACAUCCAGUUGCACAAAGUACAGAUUGCAUACGAGGUAAAAUUGGUAUGUCCAAAGGAUUACACAUAUGGGAAAUUUAUUGGCCUACAAGGCAAAGAGGUACUCAUGCCGUUGUAGGGGUUGCUACAUCCGAAGCCCCAUUACAUUCUGUAGGUUAUCAGAGUUUAGUUGGAUCUUCAGAUCAAAGUUGGGGUUGGGACUUAGGAAGAAAUAAGUUAUAUCACAAUUCUAAAAAUUGUGCAGGCAUUACCUAUCCUGCAAUCCUCAAAAAUGAUGAAGCUUUCUUGGUUCCUGAUAAAUUUUUAGUUGCUCUUGAUAUGGACGAAGGAACAUUAAGUUUUAUCAUAGACCACCAGUAUCUUGGAGUUGCAUUUAGGGGCUUAAAGGGUAAAAAAUUGUACCCUGUUGUUUCAGCUGUAUGGGGUCAUUGUGAAAUCACUAUGAGAUACAUUGGAGGACUUGAUCCUGAACCAUUACCACUAAUGGAUUUAUGUAGACGAACAAUACGACAGGAACUUGGUCGUGCAAACUUGGAAGAGCGGGUUCAUCAACUACAUCUUCCUCAUUCGAUGAAAACGUAUUUAUUGUAUAAAAAUCGUAGAUAAUAUUUUCAUUAUAAGCUAUUAAUGAUUAAAUUUAAAUGUAAGAAUUUGAUGUUAGUAGCAGUUUUUGAUUAUAUAGUAAUAUGUUUAUAAAUACUCCGUUUAGCAUAUUUUGGUGUAAUAUAUUUGUAAGUUUAUAUGGGUUUAGUUUUGUAAAUUGACAGCAUUGUAUACAUAUAUAAGUAUAUAUCGUUUAACAUAAAAAUGAUAUAAGAUAAAUCUCAACAUUUUCUCAUUUAAGAUUCAAUAAAAUAUAAAGUCAAGAAAUUCCUUAAAAAAGGAUAAAGUGCAGAGAA